CGCCGCUUUCGCGUUUGCACUCGGUACCACAGCCUCCGACAUGCAGAACGACGCCGGAGAGUUCGUGGAUCUGUACGUGCUGCGGAAAUGCUCUGCGAGCAACAGGAUCAUCGGGGCCAAGGACCACGCGUCCACCCAGAUGAACGUGGCCGAGGUUGACAAGGUUACAGGCAGAUUCAAUGGCCAGUUUAAAACCUAUGCAAUUUGUGGAGCAAUUCGUAGAAUGGGGGAAUCUGAUGACUCUAUUCUCCGACUGGCAAAAAAUGAUGGUAUUGUUUCAAAAAACUUCUAA